AUGCUUGCAGAAACAAACAAGUGUCUAGCGUUUGGUGGAAGUAACUGUCAACUCAACUACGAGACGAACGCUCUCUAUAAUCUCGUCAUUCGCUCAACGGACAGCGGCAAUCCGCCUCGUUCCACCGACUUCACUAUUACCAUCAAAUUACGAGAUGUCAACGACAAACCUGGAAACGUGAACCUAACCGGUUACACGAUUAAAGAAAACGCAAUCUCGGGGACGGAGAUCGCAAACGUGUCGGCCACCGACGAAGACGCACGGCAACGUAUUACAUACUCAUUGAGCACCAAUCCGGGAAAUGUGUUUGCUAUCAAAGGAGAUAAGUUGAUAACCACUAGUAGCUCGAUUGAUUACGAAACCCGUAAAACCUACAAGAUUGUCAUCGUCGCAACAGACAACGGCAAUCCGCCCAAAUCUACAUCGUCUUCCUUCACAAUCGACGUUCUCGCACAGAACGAACCGCCCGUCGAGUUUAAGUUUAGUGCUACAGGCGGACAGCUCUCAUUCCCGGACGACAAAGCAAAAAUCGGAGAGAAUGCAGUGAAGAAUACGGUCGUGGGGACGAUAGUGGUGUACGACCAGGACGCAAACGAGCAGUUGACGUUAAAACUGGACGACAAUGCGGGUCGACGGUUUGCUCUGAGCACAAUGAAACCACAAUGUAUUACAGUCAAUACAUUGAGCGCCAAAACAAAGUGCGAAGCUCAACUGUUAGUCGACGGCGCUUUAGACCACGAGAAAGAUUCGCUCCUUGAUAUCGUUAUUCGCGCUACGGACAGAAAAGGACUCUUCAAGAUCGCGCGCUACCAGAUUACAGUCGUUGAUGCCAACGAGCCACCAAGAGACAUCACUGUUGCUAGUGGUAAGCUUUCUGUUCAAGAAAAUCUUAAUAACUUUGCAGUCGCUGAAUUCGCAACGGUCGACGAAGAUGUCGGCAACAAACACACGUACUCGCUUGUCAACGACGCUGGCGGAAAGUUUGCUAUUACUGGUAGUCAGCUGGUGACGUCUGCAAAUGCAAAUCUUGACUUUGAAAAGACAUCAAAAUACACGAUCAUCGUGAGAUCAACAGACAAAGGAGGAUUAUCCGUAGACAAAACGUUUACUGUGACCGUAGAAGACGUCAACGAGGUUCCUACCUCAUUGAGUUUGACAAAUUCUAAGGUAAUGCUUAUCAAUGUGUAUUCGUGUGCUCGUGCACGUAUAUAG